CGUUCUUGGUCCGCCAUCUGAUCGGGUUAAUCCCAUCAGAAUCAAUGUGGAUUCAACAUUUCAAAAUGCAAAACAGAUCUUGAAUAACCAAAGAGCCCUACCUUUUACUUUAAUUAAUUAAUUAACAGUCCAACCCAAUCAACCUAGAGAAUCAUCAUCAUCAUCAUCCCCUUCCCUUUCCCCUCUAAACCCCUUCCGGUUUCAUGUCAUCCAAUGCCCCCUGCAAUUCUCGCCCCUUCUCGUGGCUCGUCAAAUCCUGUAUCCCCACCGCCCACAACCACCGCCAACCCACCGCUCCCCAUUCCUCUUCCGCCGCCCCUCUCCGCCGCCAAACCUCCAUUUCUUCUCUUCCCGACGACCUCCUCUUGGAAUGCCUCUCCAGGGUUGCACAGUGCUCUAUCUCCUCCCUCCCGUUGGUUUGCCGCCGCUGGUCGGACCUCCUCGAUUCUCCCGCCUUCCACUCCCUUCGCCGCCGCCGCAAUCUACUCCGCCUCAAUCUCUUUGCCAUUUCAAUCUCCGACCAUUCGCUCUUCGCAGCUAGUCUGUGUUUGGGAUUUGAAUCGGCGUGGAGAAUCUCUUCUGUGCUUGCGGAUGACGUUUUUAAUCGAGGGCCGCCGUUUAUUUCUCUCUUCUCCCAUUCCCGUUCCGUCGUUAUUGGUCGGAGGAUUUACGUUAUUGGCCGGACGGCGAUGAUUCGCUGCGACGCAUGGACUGCAACGGUGGUCUUGUUACCGGGGCCGGUGGCUUCGAGGAAGAAGUUUGCCGCGGCUGUCGUAGCGGGGAAGAUUUAUGUCGCCGGCGGAAGUGGGCGGACGGCGGUGGUUGAGGAGUACGACCCUGAUGCUGAAUCGUGGCGCGCGGUGUCUACGGCGUCCAGGAGGCGGUAUGGAUGUGUGGGGGCGGCGGUGGACGGGGUAUUCUAUGUCAUCGGAGGUCUGAAGAUCGGGUCGUCGGGAAAUGAGGGAGUGUCACGCGCCGCCGGACCGGAUGCGGCGCUUGUUUACGCCGGCUCGAUGGAUUUGUAUGACGUGGCAGCGGGACAGUGGCUGAAAAGCCGGACCGUCCCCGUGGGCGGAUGCGUGGUGGCGGCCUGCGCCGAAGGCGGUUUCGUGUACAUCCUCUCAAGCCAUGCCGUGGAACUCUCGUUCUGGGAAUUCAACGGUGCGCUUAAAUCCAGCGGAUUCGCGGAGUGGCGCAGGUUAAAGUCGCCGCCGGUGCAGGUUAGACUCGACAGCGCCGUCAGAUUCAGCUGCGUCGGGGCGGGAGGAAGGGUCGUGCUGGUCCAAGUAACAGGCCGCACACAAGACAUGGCACGGCGGAGCGGCCGAGGGGAGAGGGUUUUCAGGGGAGGAACGAUGAUGGUGUACGAUUGCGCCGCCGGGGAAUGGAGUAGGGGGGCGGAUUUGCCGGAGUUCAUUGGAAGUGCCGCCUGUGUAACGGUUGAGUGCUAAUGUGCGCAUUUCUUGGGUGGUGUGUCAUCCGCUCAUUUUUCCUGGUUUGAGUCAAAGUCUUCGAUUUUAUUGUCGGCACAAAUGAGUCUUUCUUUCCAUUGUGCUUUGAAUAUCACUAGACUCGUACUGUGCGAUGCACGAACUAUUAAUUUACAUAUAAUUAGUGAAUGUUUAGAAUAAUGGAAAAUGUUACAA